AUGUUCGUGUACUUAUUAAUACUCGGUCUAAUAAUACAAAUAAACUGUGCGACCAUCUGUGAUAGUGAUGUCUGUCUGUGUAAACGAUACAACAGUGACAAAGAACAGGAACUGGAAGGUGUGCAAGUAGUAUGUUCGCAUAAACAAGUUAAUGUGCUACAAAACAACUAUACGCUGCCCGAUCUAGUGCACUCGCUGGAUUUGUCAUUCAUCAACAUUUCCACUGUCCAUUCGUCACCUCUACUAACGUCCAACGCGCUAGUAGAAUUAAUACUAAACGACAAUGUAAUCACACAAGUCGAUGUCAACAGCUUCCAACUCCCAGAACUCAAGAGAUUAGAUCUAAGUAACAAUCAACUAGAGUUUAUAGACAAAGACACCUUCAAAGGAGUCAAAAAACUAGAAUAUUUAAACCUUGCCAACAACAGAUUCACAACAUUCACAAAACUAAUGUUCCAUCGCUUGAGCAACCUCAAUGAAAUCAUUCUAGACAAUAACAACUUGGGACCUGUACUAAAUAACUCGAAUUUAUUCGACAGAAGUGGUUUCGGACUGACAAACAAGAUCAAAUCAUUGAGCAUAAGUGGAAUUCAUCUGAACCAAGUACCGAACAACUUCUUCGUCGAUGCUUACGAUAUGCGAGAACUGAUAAUAUCGAACAACAACAUCAGUCAAAUGUUUGAAAUCCCGAUGACGUUGGAAUACCUGGAUCUGUCAGACAAUCCUAUCACGGACAUAUUUAGCGAAGACUUUGCAAACUUAGUGGCAUUGAAGGUGUUAAAACUGAACAAUUUGCAGAUACAAACCAUUCCUGAGUCUGCAUUCCAAUAUCUACCUGCUUUAAAAACCCUAGAAUUAGAAAGAAACAGGAAUCUUACCACGUUCAGCAAGCUGGCUUUUGGGCGGGAAGUUCUGGUAGAUGCUGACAAUUUUGGCUUAGAAAGAUUAUCACUAAAAGGAUCGAGAGUAUCCCAAUUAGAUGACGCCUUGUUGACGCCGUUCGGAGUGCUGACUGAAUUAGAUUUACAGGGUAACCCCUGGAAAUGUGACUGUCAGAUUGUCUGGGUGAAACAGCUACAAAUACCAGAAGAAUUAAACGACCAUUUAAGGUAA